AUGACUGAGCGCGUGGGGCCCGGGGCCGUGGGCUCCGAGCUCCGAGGCUCGGGGGUUUACUCGCUUCAACCUAAUAUCAAAAUAGCCAGUAUCAAAGAGACUCACUCAAGUCUCGAGAAAAUUGAUCAUCAAACCAGUGGUGAUCCCGGCAACUGGUCUGAUAUUGAGCCCAAGCCGGACACAGGCCAAUCGAUUUCAAUUGCCACAGAAAAAUCACAAGGAUAUUAA